AAAGAAAAAAACGAAAGAAGGAAAUCUUGAAGAUUUGUGCUUCAAUCCUCCUCUUCUUUAUUCUGAUCUCAUCCGUCAUCAUAAGCUGCAGAGUUACAAGGCGUGAAAGAAGUAUCAUACCUAUUAUAUAUGCGCUUGUCAGGAUCCUGGAUUUCGGAUCCAUGCCUUACCUUCCUUACUUCCUAGCUGCUUCCUUCCAGUUGAUCUCCAUCUGAGUUCAGACUGUAGAAAAAACUCAAGAAACUGCAGAGAGAAGAGAAAGAUCCAUUUCUCCAAAUUAUCCAGAUCUGUCUGUCUCUAGCUUUCUUUCUCACCCACGGAAUUGUUUUUUUUUUUUUUUUACUUUCUCUUUACAAUGAGAGACAUGGUUUCUUGUUUCAGCGAAAGCGCAGUAAGUGUGUCUCAUCCUUCAUGUUCUAGCUACUCAAACACAGCUUGUAUCAAUCCGAGCCUAACACCUUCUGUCCAAAACUCGGUCGCCUGUGUUUACAAGAUCAUCCUCUCCACCCAAAAGCAAGUCUUGAUCACAGUCACUUGGUGCAGGAACCAUUCUGCUCAAGGUCUAAGCAUAAGCUUUGGAGAUGACUCAUCGACACCAACCUUCAGACUCAACACGAAUUCACGGUUCUUCAGGAAGAAGAAAGGGAGCAGAUUGAUGGAAUCCGAUAAUUCAAGUUUUGAGGUCUUCUGGGAUCUCUCUAAUGCCAAGUACGACACAGGACCUGAACCUGUUGAUAGCUUCUACGUGCUGGUAAUGGCUGACUCGGAAAUGGGUCUAAUACUAGGUGACAUGGCGGAAGAAGCUGCUGCGAAGAAAUUUAAAGCUACUUCUGUUGCCAAAGUCUCUCUCAUUUCCCGGCGGGAGCAUUGCUCCGGCAAUACCCUAUAUUCAACCAAGGCUCAGUUCAGUGAUACCGGCAUUGCGCACGAUAUUUUGAUCAGGUGCGGCGGAUCAGAAAGUGAAGGACUAAGGUCGCCGGUUUUAUCUGUAUGUAUCGACAAUAAGACGGUGAUUCGAGUGAAGAGGCUGCGAUGGAAUUUCAGAGGCAAUCAGUCGAUUUUUGUUGACAAUUUGCUGGUUGAUUUGAUGUGGGACGUGCAUGACUGGUUCUUUAAUCCUGCAUCUGGAUAUGCAGUGUUCAUGUUCAGGACGAGAAGUGGGAUGGAUAGCCGGCUGUGGUUGGAGGAGAAGUUGGUGCAGAAAGACCAAGAAAGGGUUGAAUUCUCCUUGUUGAUCUAUGCCUGUAAGAGCCAAUAAAAAGAUAUAUAUAUCUGUUCUUGUUUUUUUCUGUUUUAAUUUGCUUUUGUUUUUGUUUUUGUUCAUUCUUUGCUCUUUGAUUAUGUUUCCAUUUUAUUUUUCUUUGGCCUUUCUAUUAGGAAUAGAUAUUCUUUUGAUCAUAUGAGGAACAGAAUAACAUGUAAUUGCAGAUAUGUGAAUUUUCUUAGAUAGAGGAGUUCUUGGCUGGCUUGUUUUGAUGUCA